GCGUAUACACUCCUCUGUAAUUAUGGUGUUUUAUUGUUGUGUUCCUAAUUGCAAAGCUUCAGGAUUUGAUGAAAAUGUUUCAAUGCACAAAUUUCCAGAUAGUGAACAACAAAGAAAGAUUUGGAAAGACAGGAUCCGGAGAUCAGAUGUUAAGAUAUCUCAACACACAAGAGUAUGUUCUUAUCAUUUCAAAUUUGUUGACUUUGUGAACCCCAAAUCCUCUAAGAAACGCCUGAAAUCGGAGGCAGUUCCCUCUCAAUUCCAGUGGACACAAGUUGAAAAAGGCAGGUCUCCAAGAAAAAGCAAAAAUGUGGACAGUGAUGAGACGGACACGGCCUCGGAAGGGGAGGAGAGAGUACACGUCGACAUACACUCGAUCGACAAGAUAGCGCCAUUGAAUGGAAACAGAGCUCAAUUGAGUAAGCUACUAGAGAUGGCAGAGGGAAGUUCAGGACGAAAAGACGAGGAAAUUGAUGUCGGAUUUGGGCGACCCCGAACGAGGGGCCAGGAUCUUAUAAGGGACCCAUAUCACAACAAGGGGAUGUGUUUUACGCUAAAAGAACGACAACUCCUGGGUCUCCAGGGGCUUCUUCCCCCGGCGAUCCUGACGCCGGAGCAGGAAGUGUAUUUCGUCAUGCAGAACUUCUACCGCUGGGACAAUGACCUUGACCGAUACAUCUACAUGAUGUCACUACAGGACCGUAGCGAGAAGCUUUUUCUACCGGACUAUCAUGCAAAACGUGGAGCUCAUGAUGCCCAUCAUUUACACCCCGACAGUGGGGCAGGCCUGCCUCAAAUACGGCCUCACCCUCAGGAAACCAAGUUUUUUCCACUGCCGUCGAUCAGCUUCGUGGUGCUUGAAGAAGGCGAACUUUGCCGCUAUUGA